AUGACUGAUUGCAACCCGAAACCAACCCCUUCCCCCCCAAAAGUCAACGCCGCACAUGACGCAACCACCCCACUCUUACCAGCACCGCAAUCUUCACAUUUCCGCCGAAUCCUAGGCGACCUCCGAUAUCUCGCAGACAGUACCCGCUUCGACAUCCACCCAACCGUAAACAGACUGGCUCCCCACAUGAACCAGCCACACGAAGCCCAUUGGAACCAGCUCAAGUGGCUGCUAAGAUACCUCAAGUGCGCCCCAGACCACGGCAUCCUCUUCUCCACAUCUCCGGCACAACCACUACUGUCCACUUGCACAGACGCCGAUUUCGCCAACGCCAAAAACCGCCGAUCCACAUCAGGCAUAGUCCACACCAUACAUGCCGCGCCCAUCUCCUGGACCUCAUCCAUCCAAGACACGGUCGCACUGUCCAUAUGCGCAGCCGAAUAUCUCGCGGCAACCUUAGCUACGCAACAAACCAACUGGCUCUGUCGACUCCUAAGCGAUUUUCACGCAACCCCAAAGAAGCCUGUGAAACUCCAUAUCGACAACCAAGCUGCACUACGCAUAGCUCUUCAGUUUGCACCACCAAGCGCAGCAAACUCAUCGAUAUCAAGCACCACUACCUACACGAUCACAUCGAAAAGCGUCUCAUCACCACCCAUCAUAUACCCUCCAACGACAACCUCGCCGACCUGUUCACCAAACCACUUGGAAAAUUACGCUUCCACCAACUCGUAA